AUAUUGGAGAACGAAUUAGGCGUGUAGCAUGGACGGCGACGAGGCCCGAAAAGGGUUACAGGAAGCCCCAGAAAGGACAUUCCCUGUAUUCUUCAGAGGAAAGCUGGGGGAGAAGCUCCAUCAGGAGACCCCAGGGUUUGACCUGUUGGACCCCAACAUGAGAGUCAUAGAUGUUAGUUAUAACUGCCUCCACGACAAACACCUGAAGAGUUUUUUCCGCCAUCCGGAAAGGAAGAAGCGGCUGGUGAAGCAAGGCCUCAUUACCUCAAAUGAGAAGGCAAGGCAGACCUCCCUUUUCUUUCCAAAAUCUAAAAGUGACACUAAAAUGGAACUGAGAAAAUUGAACAGGUGUAAGCAGUAUGAUGGCUCUGUGAAAUGUUUGCCAUUUUGCUGA